AAUCUUUCGAGACAUCAUUUAACUGGGAUAAAAUAGCUACUGGCAUAAAAAAUGUCGAAGGAGAGUGGUAUCUUGUUGCUUUUCGAUCUAUCGGAAGUAAAGAUGCUAACAAUGAAAAACUGAUUGAAGCUGAAGCCAAAGCCUAUAAUGAAGCAAAAAAUCAUGGAGGUUUGCUCAAGCAUUGGUCCGGUAAAUUCAAUCAAAAUCGAGAAUGUCUUUCGAUAUGCAUUUGGAGAAGUAUAGAUGAAGCAAUUGAAGCAAAAGUACAAGCUGAAAAAGAUGAAGGGUGA